GUUGGCGGGACCUCUCGGGGGCGGCGGCCGCGCAGGCUUUCCUGGAGUUCGCCGCCGCAGGCGACGCCGCGGCGCUGCGGGCGUUGGCGAGGGAGCGCGCCCGCAGCGGGGCGCCGGGCCUCAUGAGCUAUGUCGACGGCCCGAGCGGGAAGUCCGCGCUGCACUUGGCCGCGGAGGGGGGCCACGUGGCAUCCUGCAGGUUCCUGCUCGAGGGGGCGGCGGACGUGCACGGGCGGGACCUCCGCGGCCGGACUCCCCUCGCGCUGGCGUGCGCCCGCGCCCACCUGCCGGUGGCGCGCUCGCUGCUCGAGGCACAGUCGCGGCCAGACCAGCUGGACCGCUCGGGCAGGAGCCCCUUCCACGCCGCCUGCUCCAGCAGCUGUCCAGACCUGGUGGAGCUCAUGCUCUCUCUGCGCGGCGGCCCCGCCGGCCUCGCGGCUCUGGAGGACGCCGACGGCCGCACGGGCCUCCACUGCGCCGCCAUCAACGUCCACGGCCACCCGCGGCCGCAGCAGCUGCUGCGCCUGCUCCUGCGCCACAGGGCGAGCCCACACCACCUGGACAGGCAGGGCCGCUCGCCGCUGUGGUACGCGCGCGGCAGGCCCGAGGCGCUCGCGCUGCUGGCCGCCCCCCGGCCGCUGGCCGCCGCGGAGCACGCCCCGCCCAGCGCGGAGCGCCGCGUGCUGGGCGCGGGUCUCCCGGACCCGCAGGAGGACCCGCGGAGCCCCGGGCGGCCGCGGUCCCCGCGCGCGCCGGCCUGGGCGCGCGGGUGGCUCGAGGAGCUGGCGUCCGCGGCCUCGCCCCCAGAAGCCGAGCACGCCCGAGUCUGCGGAGCCGCCGACGGGCUGGCCAGCCCGCCCGCCGCCGCCGCAGCUGCCGGCGCCCGCGCUGGCAGAGGGGCCCGCAGGGCCGGCGGAGGAGCCGGAGGCUGCGAAGGCGCGGCUGCGCUCGGAGCUCGCCCAGGGCGAGGCGAGGAUCCGGGAGCUCCGGAGCGCGCUCGGCGGCGCCG